AUGGACAACGACGCGGUGCCACCGUCAUCGCCGCCGCACGCGAUCGCGACCAACCCCCCGAGUUCGCCGUUCUUCGAACCCCAGCGAUAUCGCGCGUUCUCACCCAAGUCAAGCUCGCCGCCACCGCUGUUCUCUAGUGACGACUCUGGCGAAACCCUAGACAUUACGAAUUACGAGUCACCGCGCAUCUUCAAGAACAAGCGCAAAGGCGCCUGGUACGAGACGGAUAAUGGCGAUUCGACGCAGCACACACCGGAGCCCAAAAAGUCCAAGAUGUCGCGCAACUACGACUCGGGUGUCUACAUGAUGAGCGACAACAGCGAUGGCUCUAUAGAUCCCCUUCCAGAACACAAGUCGCCGUUUCCGUUCACUGCCGAAGCCGACUGCCAUGAUGAUGAGCCCGAGCCAAUGAGCAUGACAGAGGCUGUCUUCUACUCUACGCUCAGAGCAGGGGUAGACAGAAACUGUCAGAAUUACGACUUCCGGGGACUCGAUCUUGGCGACAACGAUAUCAAGCAGAUAGCCGACCUGAACAGUGUCAUUAAGAACCUCCCAGAUCCUGGGAACGACUUGCCUGCAGAAGGGCAAUAUCGCUCCAUGGUACCUGAGCUAUACAUCAACCUUGGCCAGAACUCCCUUAACCGGCUGACGCCCUCUCUUUUCCAUCUGCAGCAUCUCACAACCCUCGUCCUGCGAGACAACCAGAUCGAAGAACUGCCUCCGAAAAUUAGCCAGUUGCGGAAUCUCCAGGAGCUUGAUCUUUCUCUCAACAAGCUCCAGUACCUACCUUUCGAGAUCCUCCAGAUGCUGGAACCGCACGGAAAGCUGGAACACCUACAGACUCUUGGGAAUCCAAUCCUGGAGCGCGUGUCUCAAGCUCGCUACCGAAAGCUAGGUGAGCGUCUGGUUUUCACAUCCUCCACGAAAGACAUGUACCCCAGAUUACAGACAUGUCAAGAUCGCGAAGCACUCGUUUGGCAUAUACGCUUUAUCGAAUCGAUGAACCACUUUCUCAGCUCUGUGGAGUCAAAAUAUACCUCUGCCAAAAAGGCUGUUGAUGAACGCGUUUUCCCACACCAUCCUAUAGCCCCUGGCCGUACAGACGACUCGGCCUCAGCACGAUACAUCGGCAGGACACUGGUAUCAUAUUUCGACCAAACGGGGCAGCCGCUGAAAGGGUCUCCCGCUCGGCCAUCAGCGAGCAGCAAUGACUACGUAGUCAUUGUCGACACAGACGAAGGUGCCUUCGGCGUUCCGUCAACCCCCAUCUUUACCCCAUCCACGUCAUCCAAGAUCCCGUCUCUCCUCACCAUGUCUUUAAACACUGCGCUCGUGAACAUCACCGUUGAGGAAACAAGAGAACGGAUAGGCGAACCCGUGCCUUUCGAUGCAGCUGCCAUCUUUGCGCGAGCAGCGCACAAUGAUGCCGAUGCUGGUUUUGGCUACUUCCACCAAUGCCACGUCUGCAACAACGACUACAUUGUGGCGAGAGCAGAGUGGAUCGAGUUUUGGAGUACGAGCUUCACAGUUUUCUAUCCGUUCAGGGUCAAGGUCUGCUCAUGGGGGUGCGUGCCAUCAGACAUGACCAAGAAGCCGACGAAAGAGCUACUGUGGUAA